AUCCAGCUCCUGCGGACAGUUCCUCCUGCCAUCCGAGGGGUGUGUCCAGGUAUAAAAGUGUUGGUGUCCAAGCCACCGAUGAGCAGAAGCGUCAAAGAUGUCAGGUGAGUGGUCCUUACCCCUCCAAAUGCUUUCUGGUCCUAAAUUCUAGGCGAGUCAGAAAACUAAUCUCCUAUUUCAGUGAUAAUGCUUUCUAAAUGUUAUACAAAUCUCUGCCUGCGUUUGCUCUUUCGGGUGGGGGGUGAGACUGAAAUGUUGGAGCAGGUGGGGCUUUCACAGGUCUGCUGAUGAAGAAACAGUCAUGCACUGAAGGAAACUGCUCUUGAAACAUUUUUUUAAAAAAAUUGGUCAAAUAAAAUUGUCCUCUUUCUCUCACUCUCCAAGGUGCACAGCUGCUCCUUGUUCUCUUGGGAUGCCUGGUGGCCACGAAACCUCUCCAGGCAACAGAUCUUCCUCUCCGUGGUAAGGCCCUUGCUUCUCUUUUUGCUAUUGCUUUUAAAAAUAAUUAUAUUUGGAGAGUGUUCUGGGUUUUGUUAACCCACCUAUCCUCCCGCCCCCUUAACAGGACCAGAUCAAGACAUUCUGAUGCCCUAAACUAUUUCAAGGUUAAGAGGCCCCCAUAGCAGUAUCUUUUAAAGUGCAUUAUUGGAACAGAAAGCACAAUGAAAAAUAGAACAUUGAUAUUUGCAUACACAAGCAGCAAUCUCACUGGAAUACUCAUCUUGCAAUAAGUCCAUUUGCAUUUGAGAGGCUUUUAAAUGAAAGUACCUGGAGGUUUCCUGCUUAGCAUGUAGCAGUGUAGUCAAAGAUUCAAUAAAGAGCAUUUGCAGGAAUUAUUUGCUAGAAGGGAUAUGGAAGCUGUAAAAAGGCAUCUAGAUUUUUUACCAUCUAUCCCAUUGUAAAAACUGAGCUCGAAAUAGAGAAAUAUUUGCCUGAGAUUACCGGUACUUCCCCUUUGUUUUGCAUGGCGUUUAAAGUUCCAGACAACCAAAAUUAACUUUCUAGAUGGACGAUACAAAAAUAUCCCUAGAGAACAGCGAUUCCGCAUCUUCGGGUGCCAGUCAGUGGAGGAAACCAAACACUAUAUGCUAUUUUGUAAGCUGUAUGAAAAUCUAAGGGCUAAAUACUUAAAGAAAUUCCUUGACCCUCGUACAGGGGUAGGCAACCUAAGGCCCAGGGGCCGGAUGCGGCCCAUUCACCUUCUAAAUCUGGCCCUCAGAUGGUCUGGGAAUCAGCUUGUUUUUACAUGAGUAGAAUGGUCCUUUUAUUUUAAAUGCAUCUCUGGGUUAUUUGUGGGGCCUGCCUGGUGUUUUUAUAUGAGUAGAAUGUGUCCUUUUAUUUUAAAUGCAUCUCUGGGUUAUUUGUGGGGCAUAGGAAUUCGUUCAUAUUUUUCUUCAAAAUAUAGUCCGGCCCACCACAUGGUCUGAGGGACGGUGGACCGGCCCACGGCUGAAAAAGGUUGCUGACCCCUUCUUCUUGUCACCCUCAGUGACAUCAACAAAAUCAAGUAUCUGCUGUCUUGCUCGGUCAAACCAGUCAUGCUCAAUGCAGCAAAGUUUGCGAUAAAAAUGUCCCAACUCAAGAAAGUCCUUGAGUCCACUUUUGUGCUCUGAGAUAAGAGUCACCCAUGUAUACAUGCUCUACACAUUACAAGGAUUUUAUCACAAAUGUUUUAAUUUGUUUCUGAUAUUCUUUGUUUACAUCUUUUCUUUUUCUGUUUUUUUUGGCUGUAAUCUGUAUUUGAUUGACCAAUAAAAUUUGUUGUGUUGUUAUCUGUUUGUUGCUUAGCAUAUAAGAAAACUCAUUUCUGCACAGAUUUAUAAAUCCAACAACAAAUAUUUCUGCAGCCAGUAGGUGUGUAUAUAUAUAUAUUGUCAUAUCAGAAUGGUAAAGUCUGAUUUGGAGUAUGUUUUCCUUUUAAAAAUAGCAAUUACAUAAACUUGAAAUUUUGCAAACGAAACAAAAAAAUGUGUUUCAGGCCUCUUGUUAUCUGGGUCCUCAGUUGCAAGUUUUCAUAAUUUGUGCAAUAAAUCCAGCACUGCUCCCAAACAGCCCGAAACAUUCUGCAGAAUGGCCAGGGAUAAAUCUGUCAACAGAAGAAUUUCAGUUGCUUCAAGGAAACCUUCAAAUUUCCUGUGUGUUGCAACCUGUAGCUGCCAGAAGGUCUGUAAUUCGACCUGUUUCUGAACAAUGUGUGCAAAUACCUGCUGCAUCAGUCCUGCUCCCCUGCCCCCCCCCCAAUCCAGAAAUUGUGCCAGGUUUCCUCAGGGGACUCCACUCUUUUUUCUCUCUGGAGAACAUUUUGCUGUUAGAGGCCUACAUAGUUGAAACGACCCAUGAAAUGAAACACAAAAACAUCCUUUGAAAUUCCCACUUCUCUGAGUUUUGCAAUGCACUUCUGCAAUGCGCUCUCUCACUGGAUCACUUUGCACCAGCUGUUCCUCUGCAGUUGGAGUUCUGUUUCCCUCCCCGCCCGCCAUGGAAACAAUUGCAACCUUCUGAAAUCGUUCUAAGCUGUGCAUCCUGUAUUUGCUUAUGGGACCCGCCUAGCAGCAUGUUACAGUCUGCCAGAGGGAUAAGUCCUUCGGAUCCUCUCCAAACCUUCUGUGGCUUAGCUGCCGCCCUUAACUGGAAAUUUGCUUUGCAUGCUGCCUCUACAGCAUCCAAGCCUCCGGAGAACUGUCAUUCUGUAAUGGAGCUCUGGGCACCUGUAUAACAGAGAACUGUCUUGCUGAACCACAGUUCCCAAGAUUCUCUGGGAGAAAGCCAUGUCUAAAAUGGCCAACUUUUAAACUGGACCCAGCUCCUGUGCUUUGAAUGGGUUAGCAGGCGAUGUUACUUCUCUUUGCGCAGGGAGAAGCCUCGCCUGCACAUUUCUGCCUAUCAGGCUGCUGUUAAACUCCUUAGAGCAGACCAAGACAUUUUUUCCUGCUCAGCUGGCAACCCUGUCAGCAUAGACCAGCUCUGCUCAGAGAGCUACGCUGAUCGCUGAUCUGCUCCCAAGUCAAGUCCAAGGUGUUGCCAUUAGUAUGUGAAAUACAUUCUUACAAAGGCAGAAUGGGAAUUAUGUGGCACUUGUACAGUGAAGGUGCCUGCCUGAUUUCAAUAGGCAGGGAGUUCCAAAGUGUAGAGGUGCUGCCACACUAAAAGACUGAAUUCUUACAAAUUCAGUACAGGUAUUAUGUGUCACCUGUAACUGUGCCAGUUCCGGAGAUCAAAGCACUUGAGUGAGCAUAUGUGAGGUAUGGCAAUUUUGCAGAUAAGCUGGUCCCAAAAGCUUUAUACAUGUACAGUGGUACUUUGGUUCUCAAACAGCUUAGUUGUCGAACAAAUUGGCUCCUGAACAUCGCAAACCCGGACGUAAGCGUUCCAGUUUGUGAACGUUUUUCGGAAGUUGAAUGUCCGACGCGGCUUCCAAUUGACUUCAGGAAGCUCCUGCAGCCAAUCAGAAGCCACGCCUUGGUUUCUGAAUGGUUUCGGGAGUUGAACAGACUCCCAGAACGGAUUAAGUUUGAGAACCAAGGUACCACUGUAUACUAAUAGGACCACCUUGAACUUUGCCUGGUAUCAAAUUGGCAACCAGUACAGCAGGACCGUGCAGAACCGGGGGCAGCUGGGUACACUUGCCCUCGGCCUCGGAGGGUUAUGUUGUUCUGCCCCCCCCCCCCCGGGCCUGCCAGACUUACACAGUCAUGCCAAGAACAGGACUCCCAGCCCCAGGCCUCAAACAAGCUCUCUGAGCCCAGGUAUGCUGACAAUAUCUCACUCCUGUUAGCAAUUAUGCUGCAGCUUUUUGUUCUAAGUGGGAGGUGCAAAUGACACCCCUUGGUUUUAAAUGGAGGCAUUUGAUGCAAGAUUCUCCUCUUGGACAAACCCAGACUAAGGGAUGGUCUCUCUCUCUCUUGUUGCAGCCAUUGGGAAGAUUCUAGACACCUCAGACCUUCUGAGGAGUGUGGAAGAAGCAAAACAGCUGGUCGAAGAUGCCUACAAACGCACCCAGCAACGGUGAGGGCUGCGUCUCCUCCCUUCUCCACACAGCCACAGUGGCUUUAGCUGUGGCUCCUGCAUAGCAGGGGGUUGGUUUGGAUGACCCUUAUUGGUCCCUUCCAACUCUACAAUUCUAUGAUUCUGCGUUUCACAGGACGGUGCCGAUUUACAUGAGAAGGAUCUGGGUGUGGCCACGAUGGCAAGGGUCAUAACGCCGCUGCCCAUGAGCAAACUGGGUGCCUAAGGUUGCCAGCUCUUUUCCUGGCCCCUGCUCCUGUGCAUUUAACAGCAACGGUGGCAAAGUGCUUGUCCUUUACUCCAUACCACAUAAAGUUUCAACCGCUAGUGUUGACAGAUCAGAUAAUUGUUAAAAGGAGAAGUGGACAACUCAGGCUGCUGUUAAAGGUGUAGGAGCAGGUAAGUUGACAACCUUACUGGUUCUCUUCUGCUUUCUCUGCCGACUGUCCCCAGUUUGCUGGAGAGUUGCUGCAUUGUGUUUCAGGUGGAAAUUCGAGCAGAAAUCCUCCAAGAAAUCCUUCACACACCGGGGAAGGCUACUCCUCCUGUAUAUCUGCUUGCCAUGCCCCUGUCAAAAAGGAACAGAAGCCCUGCAAGAUCAAAGUGAUGCAAUCAAUAAUCAAUAAAAUUGCAUUAAACUAUCAUUUAACAGAAUUUCUGUGCCACUUAAUUUUAGACAUGGUUGGAGGCUUAUUAUAAGAUAAUCAGAAAGUCAUUAUGGUAUUGUGCUUGAAAUAGCCAUGAUGGCAGGAGCUAAAGUCUUACAAAGAAACUUUUCUGGCUAGUUCAGCAAUAGAAUCCUCUAUUAGAAUCUAACCCUCACUUAUUACAGGAGACCAAGAAUUAGGAGGUGCUCAGGGCAUCAUCCAGACUGACCACAGCAACCAACAACAAUAUAAUGAAUUAUGCUUUCAAGUGUUGUUGCGUGACAAAGCUUCACUCAACUGUUUUCCGGCCCUCCAGCUUAAAUGAGAAGCUGCAGAGAGAGAAGGUCAACCCCACAGAUCUCCUGGUCUCCUUCAAGCAGCCCGUGGGAAGAACCAAGGAGGCGGUGAAAGCAGCCGACACCAUGCACGUCACCUGGGCCCUCUUGAAACAGAAGCUGCAGCCAGCAAUCCCCGGGGAUUUCAACAUCACAGGUAGGUGAUGGAGGAGGAACCAGGUGCACUUCUUGUUUCAAGAUGAACCAGCCUAUUUCACACACUGUCCGUCAAUGCACGAGAUCCAGAUUUCAGUUCUGCAGCUAAUCUCCAGCUAAGUUGUGUGUGCGCAAUUGCAUACGCUAGGCCAAAGUGUGCAAAAUUAUGCACACUUUGUUUGUUUAUAUUAAUUAUCACAUUUAUUUCCCACCUUUUCCUCCAAAGCAGCUCAAGGUAAUGUACAUGGACCUCCUCCUUCUCCAUUUCAUCCUCCCAACAACCCUGUGAGGUUCAUUAGGCUGAGAGGCAGUCUAGAAGAUGGAGUUUAGACAGCAACCAAAUAACACAAGUUCCUAUCCCAGACAGCCAUUUGUAGAGAAUCAUGGAAUUGUAGAGUUGGAAGGGAACCUGAGGGUCAUCUAGUCCAACCCCCUGCGAUGCAGGAAUCUCAGCUAAAGCAUCCAUGACAGAUGGCCACCCAACCUCUGCUUAAAAUCUCCAGCGAAGGGGUGUCCCCAACCCCUCCUCCCUGAGGGAGACCAUUUACAGUCUGCAGUUUAUGCUCAUCAACAAGUUUGAUAGUGUGAGGGGAGUCCUCUGUUUUCCUUUUUAGCUGUAAUAUUCCUGUCAGCUGAAAAAGAUCCUUUAGGCUUCAAACCUUGCGCCAAUUUUGUUUUAAUUAGUCAAGCCCCCCCCAAGUCCUAUUGCAGGGGGGUGACCCUCGGGGGUCCCUUCCAACUUUACAACCCUAUGAUUCUGUGAUUGUCAUUCCUUAUUGCACCAGUUUGUCAAAGAAGCACUUGCGUUAUGAUAAGAGAAACAUGCUUUCCACAAAGGUGCGUGUGUUAUAUGGAGCAAAAUUGCUUACAGAAAGCUGUGUGUCAUGAAUAACGAGAACUAGAAUGCCGGUGGGUUUUCAUGCAGCUUACUUAAAAAAUAAAUAAGUCACCAACUGAUGUGGACAUGUAGGGAACUGAACUUGCGGCUUGGAAAAUCAGAAAUUGAGAGAAACUGAAACUGGCGUGUUUACCAUCUCCCUAGUGUUGGGCAGCCCCCACUCCCACCCCAGGCACGUCUUAGAAACUACUUGAAAGGGAUCUGCACAAGCCACUUCCAUUUUCCCAGACUGGGGUUGUGAAAGGGUGCCGGCCACAGGUCACGCGAAAGAUGCUUAGUCAAUGAGGCACAGGAGCCUGCUUUAGAAAGAGGAAACAGGACCAAACAUGUGCGGUCGUUCAAUCCAUUUUCUCCCCUGGUGGAAACAAAUGUAUAUGAAAUACAUUGUUAAUCUCAAGGUAUGCUUUUCAAAAAGCAUUUUAUCCAUAUAUAUACAUAUAUACACAGUGGUACCUCAGGUUAAGUACUUAAUUCGUUCCGGAGGUCCGUACUUAACCUGAAACUGUUCUUAACCUGAAGCACCGCUUUAGCUAAUGGGGCCUCCUGCUGCUGCUGCCGCGCCGCCAGAGCACGAUUUCUGUUCUCAUCCUGAAGCAAAAAGGAUAAACUCCAGCUUCUUUAACUAUGAACCCCAAAAUCUGGGAUCGCCUUGAAACUGGUGCCAAAGUUCUAUAGUCGUUUUGUAGCAAAAAAACCCCCCACAAACAGAGUAAUUGAUAUGUCAAAUCUGGGUUUGUAGUUAACACCCCCAAACCCAACAUUGUCUGAUCCCCUCAAAACCAGCGCCAAAGUUCUGUAGUCGUUUUGCAGCAAAAACCCCACAUUUUGUGUGCCCCACAAAUGGAGUACUUCAUAUAUCAAACCCAAUGUGCUUUUUUAAAAAAAAUUGUUUUAAUUGUCUGUUUUACUGAAUGUUUUUAUUUGUUUUUAGUUUUUAUCUGUUUUAAUUAUCAGGGGUUUUUUUAUCCACUUAAUAUUCUAUUCUCUGACUGCUGGUCUAUGACUGUAAUAAACUGAUUGAUUGAACCCAGUGUGCUUUCUGCAAAACCUUUGCCAUAGUUCAGCGUCGUUUUUGAGUGAAUCAGAUGAUGUUGGUUUUUUGGGUGUUAACUGUAAAUCCCUGGGUUUGAAGUAUGAAGCACUCUGUUUGUGAGGCGCUACAAAACAUGGGGUUUUCACCACAAAACGACUACAAAACUUUGGCACUGGUUUUGAAGGAAUCGGACAAUGUUGGUUUUUGGGUGACCCCGAGACCCCCGUGUUUGAUGUAUCAAUUACUCUGUCUGAAUACGAGUUGCUGAAACCCACAGGAAGGAGAAUUUCUGUUGCACUCAGGUCUUGCUUGCAAAUUUCCCAUAGGCCUCUAAGUUGGCCUUUGUGAGAACAGGAUACUAGAACAUUGGCCUGAUCCAGCAGGCUCUUCUGAUGUUAGCAUCACAAAAUUCCGAUCUGGGUUUAUCAGCGCAAGAGGUGUAGUAAAUCUGUUCAGCUCACUUAAAAACAUGAACCGAAUUAAACCCUUGCGUGUCCCUAGCUGAGACCUCUUCCAUCUCCUUCCUGCUACAGAUGUUCUCAGUCCAGGCCAGAUGCAAACUAUCUACAAGGCGUCUGGCUGUGCCAAGCAAGAACAGAGCCCAUUGCAGUGUGAUUUCAAUAGCCCUUUCCGGACUAUUACAGGAGAAUGUAACAACAGGUAAGCUUCUAUAUCCAGCAUGUCGGCUGUUAAAAUCCCAGCCCAGCCCUGAACUCAUUUGGUGAGCUGCUCACAGUUCAGUGGUAUAGGCAGCGCAUCUGCCCUGCGGACAGGAGGUCUCAGGGUCAAACCCUGGCAGCAUCUCCCAGUAGGACUGGGGAAAAGGCCUGGAGAGCUGCUGCCAAUCAGUGUAGGCAAUAUUGAGUUGAUGGAACCAUGGUCUGGCUCCAUAUAAGGCAGCUUCCUACGUUCCUAUUAGCAAUGGAGGAGAAAAACCAUGAACUCCCCCUUGAGUGGGAUUUAAAUGCAAUAAAUACAGUAAAAAUAGGAUUCUCCCCCCCCCCCUUUGCUGCUUUUAAAAAAUGAAUCUCUGUGGCCCUUCUGGAACAUUCCAGGAGGAUUCCUACCUUAGGGGCCAACAACCGCCCUUAUGCCCGGCGGCUUCUGCAAGAGUACGAAGAUGGCAUAUCCCUCCCGCGUGGCUGGACGGAAAACAAGACAUAUUAUGGAUUCCCCCUGCCCUUGGUAAGGAGUCAACCCCAGCUGUGCUCUGCUUUGCAAAGCGGAUUUCUGAACAGUUGCUCAGAACGGGUCAGGGUUUUAGGAAAAGAGAAGGGAUGAUUUUUUAAAAUCAGGAUGGAAAUCCACAGCAUGAUAACAGGAAAUGGGAACAGAAGAUACAAUAUUGGUGAAUUAAUGAAUACAUAACAAGAAAAUAACGAUGGAGUAUUAUUUGAAUAUAUGAGAGACUCUUUUGUGGACAAAGGCAGAAAAAAUUAUUGUUGUUUAAUAUGGAGGAAUAGUUGUUGAAGUUAUUGGAGACAAAGUUGAUAUGUUUGAUUACAGAAAAACCAUUGCUGACACAUUUAUUAAUAACAAUAAUUAGAGAAGCCCUUUUGGACUUUUUGUGUGGAAAGUAAAAUGAAUUAAUUUGAGAUAUUUGGGUUAAUAAGUAUUAUUGCCUAACAGAUAGUAGAUCAGUUGGAUGUCAUUCUGGAGUGAAGGUUUUGAAUAAUUCCUUUUAUGUAAGUGACAGCCAGAAGAUCAGAAGCCUUUUUAAAUUUUUAUUUUUUUUUCUUUUUGAAAAUUUUACUUGGGUGACCUCUGGGCCAUUUUUGGAGCCCAAGUGGGGGGCAGGGAAGGAUUUUAGGGAAAGAGGGGGAAGGUGGCAAAGCAGAUAGGAAAGUGGCAUAAUGGAUGUUAUAAUCUUUGUUCUUCUAUCAUAGAAUCACAGAACUGUAGAGUUGGUAGGGACCCCAAGGGUCAUCUAGACCAACCCCCUGUAAUGCAGGAAUCACAACUAUGAAUUUAGCCUGGUAAUAAAUCAGCAGACAGUGCAGAUCUCUGAGCAGUGGUGCUAUAAGCUGACAAGGUCUCACUCCUGCCAGCAACUGUGCUGCCGCAUUCUGCCCUCGCUUUAGCUUCUGAACUUUGACUGCUGGGGUGUUUUGGGCCCCUUCAGUGAAUCUGGAUCAGGGUGAGGCCUUUUGGGGGUGUCCAGGCUGAGGGUACGCAAGUUUACAACCAUCAGCCUUGGUGCUUGGAAUUGGCAACCAAGAUUUGUUCCUCUGUUAUGUCUUGGUAACAUCUGCUGCAGGUCCGGGAAGUAUCCAACCAGAUUGUCGCCUUCAACGACAAAAGACUCACCGAUGACCCAUUCCGAUCGGUCAUGUUCAUGCAAUACGGCCAGUUUAUUGACCACGACUUGGAUUUUGGACCCAGUACCACGGCCACUCUCACCUUCAUCAAAGGAGCAGACUGUGAAAACACUUGCGCAAAGGCACCCCCUUGCUUCCCCAUCAAGGUGCGUAAAAGUCCAGGGUUCGUUCUACCCUUUUCCAGAAACGCAACCUGUCUGAUACAGUAGUCCAGGGAUCCCCGACACGGCACCAGCAGGAUCCAGUGGGCCUGCCAGCACCUCCCCUGUGUCACCCACGAAAGGUCUCUCUAAAUACAGUGGUACCUCGGGUUACAUACGCUUCAGGUUACAAACUCCGCUAACCCAGAAAUAGUACCUCAGGUUAAGAACUUUGCUUCAGGAUGAGAACAGAAAUCGUGCUCCGGCGGCACAGCAGCAGCAGGAGGCCCCAUUAGUUAACGUGGUGCUUCAGGUUAAGAACAGUUUCAGGUUAAGAACGGACAGCCGGAACAAAUUAAGUAUGUAACCAGAGGUACCACUGUAUCCCCUCCAAAAUCCACAAAGAGCAAGAAACUCUUUGCUGUUCCUGCUCACCUCCUGCUUGCACUGACUCGGCUUCUCCUACAUUGCAUGCUCCUCCUUAAAAAUGAUAAAUAAUAAUAAUAAUCCAUAAUUGAAACACAGCACGAUAUCACUGGGUGCCAGAAUUGGAUCCCUACCCUCCCUUUUUGGUCUCUGAACAGAGGAGAGGUGCAAAGAGCUUCUCUCUGGGGGCUGGGGGGGUGGGGGGCAAACGCCAACUACCAUUUUGUGGCUCUGCCACUUUUUCGGGCCCUUUUAGAUGUGGCAGCGGGCUGUUUUCUGACUGUGUGUUAAAUUUUAUUUUAUGUUUGUAGAAAAAUAUACUUGUAGAUCACAAUUUCAUACAACGUAUCAAAGCGGCUUCUGCAACAAUUUUGUCAGUACAUAUAAAAAAUGUUAUAAAAAAAAAAGAAACAACUCAAUAGGUAACUGUUCCAGAAAAUAUUUUUCUUUAACUGUCCAUGUAGGGUAUUUAUUUUUAUUUUUAUUUGUAUUUUGAUUGAUUGAUGGGUUAGGCCACACACCCUCUCCAAUGGCAGCCAUUUUGUGACGGGCACCCAUGAUGCUCCCCCCUCCCCCGCCCACCACAAUGCCAAAUGCGAUAACCGGCCUGUAAAGGUUGACGACCUCAGGAAUUUCAUCUCUCUCGAGUGGAGACUUCAUGGCGGUUGUUACAGGGACUGGUGUUCAGCUUAGACAAGGCUUGGACACCUGAAGGGAAGCCCCACCAGGCCUGUGAAGAGGGGGUGGGCAGCCAAAUGCACUUGCCCAGGGCCUCAGAAGACUAAGCUGGCUGGGGGGGGGGCACCAGGGACCAGCUGCUAUUUUGUUUGAGUUUAUAACUUUAUUCUAACAAGAUUCUGCAUGGACCUGCCCCCCACCCUGUGUGAUCACAGAUAAUAAUAAUAAUAAUAAUAAUAAUAAUAAUAAUAAUAAUUUAUUUAUACCCUGCCCAUCUGGCUGGGUUUCCGCAGCCACUCUGGGUGGCUUUCAACAGAAUAUUAAAAUGCAGCAGUCUAUUCAACAUUAAAAGCUUCCCUAAACAGGUCUGCCUUCAGAUGUCUUCUAAAAGUCAGAUAGUUGUUUAUUUCCUUGACAUCUGAUGGGAGGGCGUUCCACAGGGCGGGCGCCACUACCGAGAAAGCCCUCUGCCUGGUUCCCUGUAACUUGGCUUCUCGCAGUGAGGGAACUGCUAGAAGGCCCUCAAAGCUGGACCUCAGUGUCCAGGCAGAACGAUUGGGGUGGAGACACUCCUUCAGGUAUACUGGACUGAGUCCGUUUAGGGCUUUAAAGGUCAGCACCAACACUUAGAAUUGUGCUCGGAAACGUACUGGGAGCCAGAUUGAAGGUCACAUACAUUAUUAUUAUUAUUAUUAUUAUUAUUAUUAUCAUCAUCCCACUUUUCCUCCAAGGAUCUCAAGGUGGUGUACAUAGUUCUCCUCCCCAUUUUAUCCUUCUGUGAGGUAGCCUAGGCUGAAAGCCAAACGUCACUCCCAUGGCCAUUGUGGGGAGGAUUCGAACCCAGGCCUCCCAGGUCUGCCACUCUAACCACUAGACCACCACUGGCUCUCCAUUUCAUUUUUUAAAAAAUAUUAUUUUGUGGGGCUGCAGAUCCCUCCUAAUGACCCGGUGAAAGACCCCAAAGGCUGCAUGGCCUUCACGAGAGCGGCCCCCGCCUGCAACGGGGGCUACGCCAUCCGCAACCAGAUCAACGCUCUGACGGCCUUCCUUGACGCCAGCAUGGUCUACGCCAGUGAAGUCGACUGGGCGAGGCAACUGAGGAACACCUCAAGCAACCAAGGGCUGCUGGCUGUCAACCUGAACUACACAGACAAAGGGCUGGCCUACCUCCCUUUUGGCAACCCACCGGGCUUCCCAGAGCUCUGCAAUAAAACCAACACGACAGCAAAAAUCCCCUGUUUCUUUGCAGGUAGGUCUGUUUAUUUUUAUACUAAAUCAGACCCUUGUUUCACACUGACUGGCAGCAAGGGCUCUCCAGGGUUUCAAAAGAGGGGAUAUUCCCAGCCCUGCCUGGGAUUGAACCUAGGAGCUUCUCCCUAGCACAGAGCUAUGGUCAUGUCCUUUAAAAUAAACCAACAUGCUAGUCCUCAUGAUUCUAAAUGAAGGGCUGAUUCUGCAUGUAAGGCAGAUGUUCUGUCACAGAGCUUUGGUCCUUCGGCUAAAGACCAAGUAAGAUUCCGGUCCUCAUUGUUCUUGAUUUGAAAAGGAAAGUAUUUUCUACUGAGUCAAACCGCAAGUCAAUCUAGCUCAGUACAGUGGUACCUUCGGGUUACAUACGCUUCAGGUUACAUACACUUCAGGUUACAGACGCUUCAGGUUACAGACUCCGCUAACCCAGAAAUUGUACCUCAGGUUAAGAACUUUGCUUCAGGAUGAGAACAGAAAUUGUGCUCUGGCGGCGCGGCGGCAGCGGGAGGCCCCAUUAGCUAAAGUGGUGCUUCAGAUUAACAACAGUUUCAGGUUAAGAACAGACCUCCGGAACGAAUUAAGUACUUAACCCGAGGUACCACUGUAUUGCCCUACAUCAGGGGUUGGCAAGGUUUACCAGUGGAGAUCCCUCCGUGGGCCAGAUCACGCACGUGCCCGCGAUUUCCGGUGCCUGCGCAGAUGCAAUUUUCAGCGACACAGAAGUGAAUCCCAGCAUCGCGCUGGUUUAGCACAGCGCGUGUGGACUCACUGAGCAGGCAGCUUGGUUCGGGAGCAGCUUGUGGGCCAGUUAAAGGACCCCCACUUGUGGCCCAUGGGCCUUAGGUUGCUGACCCCUGCCCUACACUGGCUGGCAGUGGCUCUCCGGGAUUUCAGGCAAUCCUACCUGGAGAUGACAUUGGGGAUUUGAACCCAGGACCUGCUGCAUGCAGAGCAGGUGCUCUCCCACUUAGCUAUGCUCCUCUGGAAACCUGUAAGGAACAGUUGAGGGAGCUGAGUAUGUUUUGCCUGGAGACAAGAAGGCUGAGAGAUAUUAGGAAGCCAUCUUCAAAUAUCUGAAGGGCUGUCGUCACAUGGGAGGUGGAGCACGCUUGUUUUCUGCUGCUCCAGGGGAUAGGACCUCAACCAAGGAAUUAAAAUGGCAAGAAAAGACACUAAACAUUAGGAAGAACUUCCAGGUGGUAGUAGAUUUUCAACAGGUCUACCUUGGACACUGGUGGAAUCUCCUUCCUUGUAGGUUUCUAAACAGAGGUUGGACAACCAUCUGCCAGGGAUUCCUUAGCUGUGGUUCCUGCUUUGAAGGGGUAGAUAACCCAUGGGGCCAGGCAUGCUUAAUGGGGACUCAAAAAAGGGCCUUUAGGCUCUCAGUGACUGCUUCCAGACUUUGGGAUUCCCUCCGUAGAGAAGCUAGACUGGCUCCUUCCUUGUUGUCCUUCUGCUGGCAGGUGAAGAUUGUUUUAUUCUGCCAGGACUUUGAGGACUGGCUGUUUUUUAAGGGAGGACUUUUGAUAGUGCUGUACUGUUUUUAUUAUUUGCAUUUUAAUAUGAAUUUUAUAUUGUUUUAAUUCUAUUAGAGUUUAAUUACCUCUUUUUGUUUGGUUUUCGCUUUCUUAUUUUUUUACCAAAAACAAAAGGCAAAGAAACAAAACAAAAACAAAAAAGACUUUAAUUACCUCUUAUUGAUUUAUCUUUUAUAUAUUUUUAGCUUCUUGUCUUUUAUCUGCAUUGUUUCAAUUUGUAUAAACCACCUUGAGUCCCUGUCUGGGGAAAAGGUGGGAUAUAAUAAUAAUAAUAAUAAUAAUAAUAAUAAUAAUAAUAUAUGGGUAGAUAGAUAUAGAUAUAGAUAGAUAGAUAGAUAGAUGAUAGAUAGAUAGAUAGAUAGAUAGAUAGAUAGAUAGAUAGAUAGAGAUAGAUAGAUAGAUAGAUAGAUAGAUAGAUAGAUAGAUAGAUAGAGAUAGAUAGAUGAUAGAUAGAUGAUUGAUAGAUAGAUAGAUAGAUAGAUGAUAUAUGAUAGACGAAGUCUUGCUAAAAUGCUGUCCCUGCAGAGAGCCUGCGCUUUCCAAGUUGUUUCUUAUAAGCACAAGGUGGCUGGUUGGAUCUAACAACGCUUCCUUCUUCUCUGGGGUCUUCAAGGGGACAAUCGUGUCAACGAGAUGCCGGGUCUAACUGCCUUGCAGACGCUCUUCAUGAGGUUCCACAACCGCAUGGCCUCUCAGCUGAAGUUGCUGAAUCCGCACAUGGAUUCAGACACCAUCUACAACAUAGCCCGGAAAAUCAAUGGAGCAGUAAUUCAGGUACUGGUUGAGACAGCAGCCCUGUGACGCUAAGAAUGAGGCCAGGUCUUGUCAAGAUGCAAGGCCGGUUUGGAAAAGCCCCCACUGUGUUCAGUCCAGACUACUGAUGUUCAUGAGUUUGGGAUGGGGUGAGCUAGCUGUGGAGAGGUAUGGCGGGUGGGGUAGAUUCUUAUCUCUGUUACCCACCAAGACCAACCUCAGUUCAUGUGGGAUUCUCUUGGAAUAACUAGGUCAAUCACCUACUGAAACCCUUUUUGGUAUGCAGAGUGAGCGGAGUUUAAGCUUGACAGAAAGGCAGUGUAGUGUAGUGGUUAGAGUUUCAGGCUAUUUGGACCUGGGAGGCCAGGGUUUAAAUCUCUACUCUACCUGGAGCCAGUCACUGCCUCCCAGCCUAAUCUGCCUCACAGGGUUGUUGUGGAGAUAAACUGAGGAGUGGAAGGGCCUGUACACCACCCUCAAGCCACAUCCCAGUGACAUGGACUGGCUAGAUGCAGAGGAAGGGUUGGAGGCACCAGCUGGGGAACCCCCAGGAGAAGAAGGCUCAGAGCCUGGGGAUUGUCAGUAGGAUGGCAAUGAGCGGUCCAAGGGAGAAGACGGAACAGACUGGGAGGGCUUGGUGAGCAAGAAGAGUCUGUGGCAGAAAAGAUCCCAGGAUUAGAAGCAGAGGCAGGAGAGGAGGCAGUCUGGCUGGUGAAGAGGCAUGGGUGUCUCUCCUUCCUGCUACUAUAAGCUCCCUUCCUUGCCCCCGCCCUCAGUCUCCCAGGACCAGAAGAGGCACGAAGCAAAAAGAGCAAAGUCAGACACACAGGCGCAGUCUCAUAUUGCUUGAGAGAAACCCUGGAGGGGACUUAGGCAGCUGUGGGAAGGUGGUGACCUGCAACUGCCUCAUUGGGACAAGACCUGCUGGGAUCACUACGCCUGUGCUGUUUUGGUUUCUUUGAGUAUGUUUUAAGGGAGAACUUCAGUGUGUGUUUCUCUUCACGCUCUCCUCUGCUUCUACAUUCCAGAAAAUCACCUAUAGCGAAUACCUGCCGGCCCUCCUGGGUGACGCAUUCCCUCGUUUUGUGGGUCGCAGCACGGGCUACAAUGACUCCGUGGACCCGCGAAUCGCCAGCUCCUUCACCAACGCCUUCCGUUUUGGGCAUGCCUCAGUGCGGCCCGUGGUGUUUCGCUUGGAUAGCCGCUACCAGCUUCAAAGCGAGACCCCGCUCGAGAAGGAAUUUUUUGCUUCAUGGAGAAUCAUUCAGCAAGGUAUGUCCCUCUUGGGCAAGUCCAAGAAGAGAAGGGGGGAAGGUGGUGCAAACUUCCGGGGCCCUGAGGUCUGAAAGAGGUCCUGGGGCCCAACCAUUUUGCAUACGUUUUAUGUCAUUCUUAACACAAUAAUGCGUUUCAUGCUCAAUGUACACACCAUUCUGAAUAAAGACUUGCAGACUGCAGACUUGUGAUUUGACUGUACGGCGGUGCAGCCUUGUCGUAUUAUGCGCCAUCACAUCUGUAUGUUUUUGUAAGGGAAGACCAUGCAACUACAACAAAGUUGUUGUGUGAUACGCAUUGUGUUGUGCUACACGUACAAGGUUAACGUUUUAAGUGUAUCACCAGCUCAGCAACUAGUUUGUGGGUGCUUAUAUUAUUGAUAUUAGUCAUUAGGAUCUUAAUACGGUCGUACCUCGGAAGUUGAACAGAAUCGUUCUGGUAGUCCAUUCGACUUCCAAAAUGUUUGGAAACCAAGGUGCAGCUUCCAAUUGGCUGCAGGAAGCUCCUGCAGCCAAUCGGAAACUGAGUUGGAUGUUUGGGUUCCAAAGAAUGUUUGCAAACCGGAACACUCACUUCCAGGUUUGAGGCAUUCGGGAGCCAAAAUGUUUGACUCACAAGGCGUUCAGGAUCCAAGGUACGACUGUCCUGGGGAAGGGAGUUGGCAAAAUAUUUCUCUCCAAUUCCACUCUCAGCAGCCCUUUUCUGGAGCCCAAAGUGCCCUUGGGGAGUUCUGUGUCAAAAGCCACCCUCUAAUUUCUCCAGAGUUUUCUUCCUCUGUGAAAGAGGCUUCUUUUUCUUCCUCUCUCCUCCCUGCCCCCGUGAGCCCUGUAGAAUAGGCAGCUCCAUCAUCUUGUCCUUCCCCCGUCACAUGGUAUUUUCAGUAUGAUUUUUCCAUCUAUCUCAAAUUGCAGAAAGACCGUCGAUUGAGGCUAGGGUACUUCUCCCCAUAUGUGCCAGCCCGUACGCUUAGCAGUGCAGGAACCUCCAGGCCACAGGCCAAGUUUGGCCGGCAAAGGUCCUAGUUUUGAUGCGCAUGGCGAAUCUCCCCAAAGCACAUACCCUCCACAGCUGAGAUUGUGUGUGACAUCAGGAGUGGGCAAAAGUGAGGUCCCGAUUCUUCCUCGGUAAGCAGGGCUCGCUGUCAGGACCUCGCUUGAGCAGUUGAGGGCAUUUGCUUCCUCUGUUGGCAGGAAGCAAACUGCAGUCAAAUCCCUUCUUUCAGGCCAGCUUCAAAGGGGCUUGCUGUAGCAUCAAUCAGUGGUUAAACCCUGCAGGAUAGCUCAGUUGGUAGAGCAUGAGACACUUAAUCCCAAGGUUGUGGGUUCAAGCCCCAUGUUAGGUGAAAGAUUCCUGCAUUGCAGGGAGUUGGGCUAGAUCAGCAGUUCUCAACCUGUGGGUCCCCAGAUGUUGUUGGACUACAACUCCCAUCAUCCCUGAGCUCUGGCCUUGCUAGAUAGGGGUGAUGGGAGUUGUAGUUCAACAACAUCUGGGGACCCACAGGUUGAGAAAGGCUGGGCUAGAUGAUCCUUGUGGUCCCUUCCAACUCUAAAAUGUGCCCUACUUGCACAGCUGCAGGCAGGUUGUGGUCUGGAAAUACAGUAAAGGCUACAGGUGCAGCAGGUGGGGGGAGAUGGAGGUCCCUCAGGCAGCAGCUAAAUGUGCCUGUGAGCCAUAAUUUUGCAAGCAGAUGUUUUGUUCUUCCAGGAGGUAUUGACCCGCUUAUCCGAGGCCUCUUGGGUAAGCCAGCCAAACUGGUGAGGCCGGACCAGUUGGUGGUGGAUGCUCUCAGGGACAAACUCUUUGAACAGAUCAGGAAUGGCAGUGGACUGGAUUUGCCCUCCCUCAACAUGCAGCGAGGCCGAGAUCACGGCCUCCCAGGUAAGGCAAGCAGAGCGUGCACAGAUGUUGGAGACUGUUGCUCAAUGACCAGCCGGUGCAGAGAAAUGUCUGAAAGGCUCAUCGGCCAGCCUCAGUCCCCUCUUGAGAAACUCUCAGGAGAUGGGUAUGGGAGGCCAGUGAAGACAGAGAGACUCUGAACCAAAGAACCUAGGAAGAGCCUGCAGGAUCAGAGCAAUGGCCCAUCUGGUCCAGCAUCCUGUGGCCCCGCAGUUGCCCUGAUGGUUGGUUGACAGAUGGGAAGCCCACAAGCAGGAGCUGAGCAGAACAGCCCUUUCUUCACAUCCCAACAGCCUUCUUGUAGGAUAUAACCAAUGUGUUUAACUCUAAUUAAUGCACGAAGGGGUUAAGACCAUAGAGUAAGCUGUCCUGUCAGGCUUAGCUAGGUCACACACCCCACCUUGGGAGGAAGCGCUAUGGAACUCUUUGUUCCCCUCUUUCCACAAUAGCUAUGCUCUGUCUCCACCAUCAGAAGCAGGAUGCCUCUGAAUAUCAGUUGCUGGAAACCGCAGGUGGGGAGGGUUGUUGCUGUUGCGCUCCCAUUCCCUAGCAAAAGUAAACUUUCUGACGGACUGUAUGCCAGGAAAGGGGUCCCACCCACUUGGGUUGGCUGCAUUACAACAACAACGCCCCUCUAAAACCCCACUCCGCUCUUCUUUGCCUGUGCUAGAGUGCCUCUUUUGCACUUCAGAUGCCUUGAAAUGAACCCAGCUUUUGAUAUUGGUGCUUGUCCUGCAGGUUACAAUGCCUGGCGGCAACUCUGCGGCCUUUCCCAACCCCAGAAUGAGAACGAGCUUGCUGCUGUCAUCCAGAACCGCGAUGUGGCCAAGAAGUUUAUGAGCCUUUACAAGACCCCCAACAACAUUGACCUCUGGGUUGGGGGCGUAGCAGAGCCUUUGGUCCGGAAUGGCAGAGUUGGUCCUACCUUCGCGUGCAUCAUCGGAGACCAGUUCCGAAGGACUCGGACCGGUGACAGGUGAGCAGGCAGAGGAAGCCCAGAACCUCUGUGAUUUUCUGUUUCAAUCGACUGGUCUUCCUAAGUAGCUUAUGUACACCCAUCACUUUCCUUCUAAAUUAAGCAGAAGCCAUUUCAUCACAAAGGCAAGCAAAUUACAGCCCAUAAACUAGUGGCAAGCCCAGCAGGAGAUGGUUAUUUUGUUUUACUUUUAAUUUAUUUUCAUAAAAUCUAUACAAAACAAAAAAAAACCCUCAAAGUGGUUUACAAAAAAGGGAAAAAAUUAAAAACCAUUCUUUAUGAAAGAUAAAAUCAGCAAUAAGUGAAAAAUAGAUUAAAAUAUACUGCAACAUUCUACAUGUCUGUGUAGGCUUGUGUGCACAAAAAUGUUUUUUAGAAAAUAUUGUUUAUUUUCUUGUUACAAAAUUGUACACACAUAAAUGUGUACACAUGUGUAAACAUGACACGACUAUCAAAAAUAGGGUCGUGGCAGGGAUGUGUGUGUGUGUGUGUGUGUGUGUGUGUAAAAUACUAAACAUAUUAUUUUACGGUACCUAAUCGUGAGGUAAUUACAGUAAUCUAUAAUAAAUACCUUCCAAAGCUUUUACAAAUUUUGGGCCAGAUCCAAAUUUCUUAACUACUUCCAUUAAAUAAUUUGGUUCUAUGCAAUCAAAUGCUUUAAAAAUAUCAAGUGUGAAGCUUGCUAAAGUGGAUGAUGUUUUCCUGCUGAAAGGAAGAAUGUUUUAAAAAAAAUCCUUAUUGAAUCAGUAAUUCUUCACCCUCGAACAAACCCAGAUUGGACUGGGUGUGUAGAAAUGUCAAUAAACGUUUUAAAUCUAUGGACCAGAAGGACCGGAGAGGUUUUAUAAUCUAGAUUUAACAAGGAGAUUGGUCAGUAUGACUCAGCAUUUGUAGUGCCCAGUGAUAUCUGAUCCCCACUUCUAGAUGGGCCCCUUUUGGCCUGAUCCAGCAGGCUCCCCUUUUGCUUUCAUGGUGCCAGGGGCUAGGGCACUGACCCCUUUUCUCUUUCCCCUCAGAUUCUAUUAUGAGAAUCCCGGCGUCUUCACCCCAUCGCAGCUCCAGGCCCUCAACCGAGUCUCACUGGCUCACAUAAUCUGUGAAAACACCAACAUCCGUGAAGUGCCACGCAAUGUCUUCCGGGCCAACAGCUACCCCGGGGAUUUUGUCCGCUGCAGCACUGUCCCAAGGCUCAGCCUCUUUGCCUGGAAGUGCACUUGUGAUUGUGAGUCUGUCAAUGGAGAGGGAUAUGUGGCAGGGAGCCCCACAGGCUCCCACUGCAACUAAAUGCUUGCUGGAUUUGACCACGGGAGCCUUGGUCCUCCACCUUCCACUUCCUCAUUUUCCAAAUGCUUGGAGUUUACAAGGGCAUAACUUACUAUCAUGAUCACCAGUGCUUUUUUUCUGGUGGUACCCAAUGGUACACAGAACCAGUAUCUCUAUCUAUCUGUCACCUAUCUAUCUAAAAUAAAGGGUCAAAAGCCAGUGUCAGUUUCCCCUUCCCCUCCAGUAGCUUCCGAUAAGAAGUAACGAGCCUUUGUCAGGUUUAUAGUCUGUUGUAUUUACAACAACAUACUGAGAGCAACAUCAGGCCGCCCUCCCCACGGAUGGCAGUUGCUCACUCUGAGUCCUGUCCCCUUCCGCAGCAAGAAGUGCACCACCGGCCACCUGUCCCUCCCCUGAGCUUCUGUUGUUCCUGGACCCUUUCAGUCCUCCAAGUUCUAGAGGAGGGAGGGACUUCUCCGCCACUCUCGAUUUAAGAAUCUCCCAAAGGCUCCCUCCCUCCUGGUUGCCUAGCUACUAUCUCAAAACUGUCCAGCUCUUCCCCUGGCUGAGCAGCCUCUGAAUCUGCUGGUCUCUCUGCUUCUGGGAACGUGUAAGGUGGGGGGGGGAUACUCCUCCUCCUCCUCUGUCAGAGGCUGCUCUGUCUGUGCCUGCAUUCCUUCAUCUUCGGAGUCAGGCCAGUCUCUGACAUCUGAUUCAGACCAGCCCCUGACAGCCGGGGCAAAGAAGUGCAUCUUCAGCAUCUCUCUGGGGAGGGAGCGCUUUUGAUCCUCUUUCUCCCCUUCUUCUCUUAGCUGCAGAUGGCUCUUGUUGAGGACGGAGCUCCUGUGGAUCUAGACCUGGGACCUGCAUCCCUAAGAAAGAAGAAAGGCCUUCGCUUGGCUGCAGUUGGAUUCCUGCCCCUGCUCACGUCCCGCCUGCUGUUUUGGAAAUACGCAUGGGCAGGGGGAGUCCUACCCAACCUUGCUUUUCGCGACAAAGAUCCAGAAUAAAGCAGUUGCUGUGUGAUAGAUCCAUUUGUUUCCACCUCAACGAGACAUGCAUGAUGUUGCUAAAUUACAGCUACCUGGGUGGUUGAAAUGGCUCGAAAUAAGUUGGGAUUACGGUUAUGAUUAUGAUGGCAUGAGGCUGUUUUCUGUCUUCAGAAAGAAAACUCUCUGUAUAGACACUUUUUCAGAACAAAAAAUGUAUUGGGGGCAGCAGAUACAGACACCCCUAAAUGGUCAGUGGCUGAAACUUGAGGGCGGGGAGGUUACUACCAAAUGGGUUGACACUAUGCUCAAAGGACAAUUGUUGCAGGUCUGCUGCGCAGGGAUGGCCACCGACUUAGAUGGCUUUCAAAGAUGAUGGGACCAAUUCAUGGAGGAGGAGAAGCUUCUUGAUGGCUACUGGGCAUGAUGGCUCUGCUCUGCCUCCACAAUUUGAGGAAACAAUGCUUCUGAAUAGCAGUUCCUGGAAACUGCAGGAGGGGAGAAUUGCUUUAGUGCUAGGGUCCUGCUUGUGGGGUAUCUGAGCGCAUCUGGUUGGCCACUGUGAGAACAGGAUCCUAGGCUAUUUAUUUUAUUCACUGAGUUUGUGAGUCGCUUUCUCUUGUCUAGGGCAACCCAAAGCAAAUUGAAAGCAGCCAACCAGACAGAACAAAAUGAAAACAAAAACAAAAACACAUACUGUAGAUACAUUGAAACC